AUGGCCGUGAUCAAUAAACGUUUGUUGCCCAUUAAGGCUCACUAUUUCUUUUUUAUGGCGUCCAUGGGUCCCAUUUUACCCCAAUUAGCGGUUAUUGGCAAACAAAUUGGCAUAGAUCCGGAGGUAAUGGGCUAUAUUACCUGCAUUUUGCCGGUAAUGUAUGUCAUCGCUAAGCCGAUGUUUGGUUUUAUUGCUGAUUAUUUUUCGCAUUUCCGAAAAUGCAUAUUCAUUUUCUUGAUAGUCGGUAUGAUCUUGUCCUAUGCCGGUUUCUAUUUUAUACCCGAAAAUUCAACGACAAUACAGAUGACGCCAAACGCCUUGGAAAAUAUUACCAUGGAUAUGCGAAAUAUAACCCAAUGUGAUGAAAAGUUAUUCUCUGCAUUAAAUUUCAACACAUUUUCAAACAAAGCUUUAUGCGAAGGCUACAACAGCAAUUUAACUUUCCCAGCCUAUUUUGUGGACCCUCAAAGUCCUGGAAUUUUGGAACUCAAUCUAACCUCAAAUGUUCAACAAUAUUUUAUGUGCCUGGAAGGCAACUACAGCAGCAGUUUACCUCCACAAUUUAAUGGAAGCUGUAAAUUUGAAGACUCACUCACCAGCACCACAUCAUCCUCCUCGUUAUAUCUUACCGCCACCUUUUGGAUAUUUGUGAUACUCAUGUGCUGUGGCACGAUCGGUUUCAAUGUCACCAAUUCCAUAUCGGAUGCCAUUUGUUUUGAUAUGCUGGGUGAUGAUGCCGAACAUAAAUAUGGCAAUCAACGGGUAUGGGGUACCAUUGGCUUUGGUUUGACCGCCUUAAUUUCAGGAAUUGUGGUUGAUCUCUGGACCGUUGAUGCAGUGAAAAGUUUUACACCCGCCCUUAUUAUUAUGUUGAUCUUUGGCGUUUUUGAUUUGUUAAGCGUUUCCAAACUGAAGUUGCCAAAACUCUCAUCCUCCGAAUCAAUAACCAAAGAUGUUUGGCAAUGUAUAAAACAACCUUCGGUGGCCACUUUUUUGGUAUUUGCCACAAUUGCCGGCAUUAUUGAUUCCUUUAUUAUUUUCUUUUUAUUUUGGCAUGUGGAAGAGGUGGCAGCGGAGACGGGUUUUAUGGAUCAAAUUAAACUCAUUGAAGGUUGUGUGGUGGCUGCCGAAUGUUUAGCCGGUGAGGUGCCCUUCUUUUUCUACAGUGGGAAAAUUAUCAAAAAGUUAGGUUAUGUCCAUUGUAUGAGUAUGUGUUUCUUUUUCUAUGCUGUACGUUUGGCUUUAAUCUCCUGGAUACCAAAUCCUUGGUAUCUUGUCGGAGUGGAAUUAUUUUUCCAGGGAUGUACUUAUGCCUUGUGUUAUACAGUGAUUGUGGCAUAUGCUUCGGAGGUGGCACCACCUGGCACAUCGGCCACAAUACAGGGUCUUAUCGCCGGCAUGGAUGAUGGUUUGGGUUUUAGUAUUGGUUCUCUAAUUGGCGGUUUGGCCUUUAAACGUUUCCAUGGUCGUCGUAGUUUUAUGUAUUUCUCCAUUUUGGCCAUCUGUACUUGUGUGGCUCACAUUGUCCUAAGGCCAGCUUCGAGGAAACGGCAAUAUUUACCAAAAACCGGUUAUCAGGCACCAAUGGAACAAGAAAUGGUAGCCAUCAAAGAGAAAAAGGAGGAAGAACAGAAAUCGAUGUUAAAUUCGGUAUCAUAG